AUGGGUUGUUUCUCCUCUAAAGGUAUAGAUCCAGGUAUGAUCUCAUUACCCAUCUCAGCACCUUCACAAUUCCAACAUCAACAAUCGUACGCUCAUGGUUAUGACCAUGGUCAAGAGGACUAUUAUCCACCACAAGCUUCGUCAUCUCAUUCUGGUUCAGCUAUGAGUCCUAGGCUUGGAUCAUAUCAAUUCCCAACACAUUCUUUCGCUCAGAAUUUACCUCCCGAACAUCCUUUUGCCAAUCCAUACCAUAGAUAUAUGCCGUGA